AUGUCCAAAGUAGCUUCCCAGUCCGGGUCCCGCUACAAGCUACCCACUGAAGUGAGAAGUGGGUCCUUUGUUCAUUAUUCGGCACCAGUCCCAGUGAACCCAUCGCCUGAAACAACUUACGAAACCCGCCCUUCCAGACAUACUCGCCGUGCUAGGGGGGCCUAUGAUAUCAGAAACCUGAACCCGUCAACGAGGAUCCAAGAUCCCACCCGGAAGACGGAAACGUUUCGACAAGACGAUGCAGAGCUUCCUGCGACACCGGCCCCUCCUCCCGCUCUGGCGUCUCGUCAGCGGGAAGACGUCCCCACUUCCACCCCGGCCCCCGCCCCGGCUCCCGCUCCCGUCCCGGUCCGCGCCAUUCUGGCUCCCCAUCCCGGUCCCCAGCCAGCGGAGCCUCUUGGCGAGCCGAUCCCUCCACGACAGGGAGAAGCCGAGUCCCGCCCCACCACCCCGAUGCCCGACGGGACCUCGACUAUUCCGCAACGCGACAUCCCCACCAUCAGACGCACGGUGUCUCAUCAGCGGGUCUCCGCGCCUGUCCUGAUGACGCCUAUUCCCGAGGAACUGGCAGGCGGCGGCGACCAGAUCAACGAGCUGAAAUGCGGGCUUCAGGCCCUGCUGAGCAAAAUGGAUGUGAUGCAGCGCGAGCCGCACGAUUCCUCCGCGCUGGCCGAAAAGGACGAUGAGAUUGACUCUCUUCGCACGUAUAUCGCCUCUCUGGAGAAUCGACACAAGCGCGCCAAAGAUGUCCUCGCGAAUCGGGAGAUCCAGGUCCUUCAACUAGAGGGCCAGUUAGCCGCGGAACGGAGCAGCGCGGCGUAUUUCAAGACGGAGUUGGAGAGCGCAGAGGAUGAUCUGGAGAAAUUCGAGGAGAGGGCGAAGAGGGAAAAGCAGAUUGUUGUGAGGCUGGAGGAGGAGAAGCGAUUGGUCGGUGAGCUUCUGCAGGAGAGCGAGAACAGCAAUAAUCUGAUCUAUAGCGAGCUGAGUACCUCAGAAGAGGAGAAUGAGAGCCUCAUGAAGCAGCUGACGGAGGCCAACACUGUGAUAAACCGCCUGAGAGAUGAGAAGGCCGAAGAUGCGUUUUUCAUCCAGGCGACACAGCAGAUGUUGGCCGAGUCGGAGGCGCGGAAUGGUCUCUUGCAGAAGAAUACCGAGAAAGUGUCUCAGGGUGACACGGGAGAUGUGAAAAAGCCAUCCGAUAUUGAGGAGCGGUAUCAGAAGGAACGCGACCAGUGGGCUGAUAUCUUCGAUACGCAGAGAAUUCAGAUCUCGAAUUUCGAGGACAAACUGAUGGCGCUGCAGAAUGAGAUUGAGCAGUUCCAGGCCGAACGCGCCAAGCAUCAGGAGACCGAGAGUGCCAACCAGAUGCUCCGCACUCGAGUCAUUUUCCUGCAGUUCCAGCGAGUCACAUUGACCAAGAAGAGAACGGAGAUUGAAUCUCAGCUAUCGGCCGCACAAAAAGUGGUCACCGAAACUCAGAAUUGCUUGGCUGGAUUGCAGAAAGCAUAUGAAAAGUCUGAAAAGCUUUUGCAGAAAACGCAGCUAUCCAUCCCCAACGCUCAAUCGAACAAUGGUUGGUAA